ACGAUCGAAACAAGACACAGAAUUAAAGAAGAUUUAGGGGUCUUCAAAAGGAGAGGCAAAGACAGAGAGAGGGCCGUCAAAAAGACGAUUCGGUGGCCUGGCUCGAAUCGUUGUCAAGUUACUUCCACCUGGCACGCCCGAUUCGAACCGAAGCUCCCCGAGUGGACGCGUUAAUGUGCCGGUCACCGUGGCCCAUUCUCCGUAACGACUACUGUUGCUUUUCGUGUCCCAUUUCCUAACACGGUACACGAUCUUUUCCUCUUUCCACGUUCGCCGCUUCUGCCAAGCGCCAAGCUCCGACGAUCAUCUCUAGUCACGUCGGACAUGAAAAGCGCGCUUUACGUCGCGUCCGAAGUGCAGUGCAGUGCCUCUUAAUGGAGUGUGCCGACAUCGUGUAGCCGCUUUCGUCGUGUUUCUCGUUACUCGCACAAGGCGGAGUGCCGACAACCACGACUUGAGAGAUGGUCAUCGUCACGCGGGGAGAUUACAUAUGGAUCGAGCCAAUCUCAGGACGAGAAUUCGACGUUGCGAUCGGAGCACGAGUUAUUUCCGCGGAGGGCAGACGCAUCCAAGUGAAAGACGACGAUAACAAGGAACAAUGGCUGACUCCGGAGAGACGAAUAAAGGCGAUGCACGCCACUUCUGUGCAAGGUGUCGAGGAUAUGAUCAGCUUAGGAGACCUCCAUGAAGCGGGCAUUCUAAGGAAUUUGUUGAUUCGUUACAACGAGAAUCUCAUAUAUACCUACACGGGUUCCAUUCUAGUCGCUGUUAAUCCGUAUCAGAUACUGCCUAUUUAUACCGCCGAGCAAAUCAAACUGUACAAGGAUCGUAAAAUCGGAGAAUUACCGCCGCACAUAUUCGCCAUCGGGGACAACAGUUACGCGCACAUGAACAGAUAUGGUCAAGACCAGUGCAUAGUGAUCAGCGGCGAAAGCGGAGCCGGCAAAACGGAAAGUACGAAAUUAAUUUUGCAAUAUUUGGCAGCGAUCAGCGGCAAACAUUCUUGGAUCGAACAGCAAAUUUUGGAAGCGAAUCCCAUAUUGGAAGCGUUCGGUAAUGCCAAGACGGUACGAAACGACAAUUCAUCCCGAUUCGGAAAAUACAUUGACAUUCAUUUUAACGAUCAAGGGGUUAUAGAAGGAGCCAAGAUCGAGCAAUACCUCCUGGAAAAAUCGCGAAUUGUAUCGCAAAGUUUGGACGAGAGAAACUACCAUAUAUUUUAUUGCAUGCUGGCUGGUCUCUCGAGGGAGGAGAAGCAAAAACUGGAACUGGACGAUGCGUCUUCCUACAAGUACUUAACAGGGGGUGGUAGCAUCACGUGCGAAGGCCGCGACGAUGCCGCGGAAUUUGCCGAUAUAAGAUCAGCCAUGAAGGUUUUGUUAUUUUCCGAUUCGGAAAUAUGGGAGAUUUUAAAGUUACUGGCUGCUUUGUUGCACAUGGGAAACGUCAAGUACAGAGCCACGGUCGUUGACAACCUGGAUGCUACAGAAAUACCGGAACAGACAAACGUGCAAAGGGUGGCGCAUCUAUUGGGCGUACCCGUUCAGUCGUUGAUAGAUGCGCUCACUCGAAAAACGAUAUUCGCUCACGGUGAGACAGUCGUCUCCACGUUAUCCAGGGAGCAGUCGGUGGACAUCAGAGACGCUUUCGUUAAAGGAAUCUACGGACGAUUGUUCGUGCACAUCGUGAAGAAGAUCAACGAGGCGAUUUACAGGCCUAAGAACACGUCAAGAAGCGCCAUAGGUGUACUAGAUAUAUUCGGCUUUGAAAAUUUCAACCACAACAGCUUCGAACAGUUCUGUAUAAACUACGCGAACGAGAACCUCCAGCAGUUUUUCGUGCAACACAUUUUCAAGUUGGAGCAAGAGGAGUACAAUCACGAGGGUAUCAAUUGGCAGCACAUCGAGUUCGUCGACAAUCAGGACGCGUUGGACUUGAUAGCCAUUAAACAAUUAAACAUAAUGGCUCUGAUCGACGAGGAAUCAAAGUUUCCCAAGGGGACGGAUCAAACGAUGCUGGCAAAGAUACACAAAACUCACGGCAGCCAUCGGAAUUACUUGAAACCAAAAUCGGACAUCAAUACGUCUUUCGGGUUGAAUCAUUUCGCUGGGGUGGUGUUUUACGACACCAGGAGUUUCCUCGAGAAGAACCGAGACACCUUCAGCGCCGAUCUCUUGCAAUUAAUUCACAUAACGUCGAACAAGUUCCUUCAGACGUGUUUUGUGGAGGACAUAGGGAUGGGUUCGGAGACAAGGAAAAGAGCGCCCACUUUGUCGACUCAGUUCAAAAAAUCAUUGGACUCGUUGAUGAGAACGUUGUGCAGUUGUCAGCCGUUCUUCAUCAGAUGCAUCAAACCGAACGAGUUUAAGAAACCGAUGAUGUUCGACAGAGGUCUGUGUUGUAGACAAUUGAGAUACUCCGGAAUGAUGGAGACGAUUCGAAUCCGUAGAGCCGGUUAUCCCAUCAGACAUUCGUUUCCGGAGUUCGUCGACAGAUAUCGGUUUCUUAUAGCUGGCAUUCCUCCGGCGCAUAAAGUAGACUGUCGCGCAGUCACCGCGAAGAUUUGUCACAUAGUAUUGGGAAAGUCGGACUACCAGCUAGGGCAUACGAAGGUAUUCCUCAAGGAUGCCCACGACUUGUUCCUGGAACAGGAACGCGAUCGCGUUUUAACGCGAAAGAUUCUGAUAUUGCAACGGAACAUACGCGGCUGGGUGUACAGGAGGAGGUUCCUUCGCAUGAGGGCAGCCGCGACGAUCGUUCAGAAGUACUGGAGAGGUUACGCGCAACGACAACGAUACAAGCGUAUGCGUAUAGGUUACAUGCGACUGCAGGCACUCAUCAGGUCGCGGGUACUCUCGCACAGAUUCAGACACCUUAGGGGGCACAUCGUAGCCCUUCAGGCGCGAGCGAGAGGUUACUUGGUGCGUAAGAUGUAUCAGAAGAAACUGUGGGCCAUCGUGAAGAUACAGGCUCACGUUAGAAGAUUGAUCGCCCAAAGACGGUACAAGAAAAUCAAGUACGAGUAUCGGUUACACAUCGAGGCGUUGAGACUUCGAAAGAAGGAGGAACGGGAAUUGAAGGACCAGGGUAACAAGAGGGCGAAAGAGAUCGCUGAACAGAAUUACAGGGAACGAAUGCAGGAAUUAGAGAGGAAGGAGAUAGAAAUGGAACUGGAGGAUCGGCGCAGAAUGGAAAUUAAGAAGAAUCUGAUCAACGACGCGGCGAAGAAACAGGACGAACCGGUGGACGAUAGCAAAUUAGUCGAGGCGAUGUUCGACUUUCUGCCGGAUUCCAGCAGCGAAGCUCCAACCCCCGCUAGAGAAACUUCCGUGUUCAACGAUCUACCCGCGCCAAAAGCGGAUCAACAGGAGAUCAUCAGUCCCGUUCAAACGGCAUCGGAAGACGAGGAGGAUUUAUCGGAGUUUAAGUUCCAGAAAUUCGCGGCAACCUAUUUCCAAGGGAACAUCACGCAUCAGUAUUCGAGAAAGCCUUUGAAACACCCCCUGCUGCCAUUGCACACGCAAGGUGAUCAGCUGGCCGCGCAAGCAUUAUGGAUCACCAUCCUUCGUUUCACGGGCGAUUUACCGGAGCCGAGAUUCCACACGAUGGACAGGGACACGACGUCGGUCAUGUCGAAGGUAACAGCCACUCUCGGUCGUAAUUUCAUACGAAGCAAAGAGUUUCAGGAGGCGCAGAUGAUGGGGAUGGAUCCGGAAACCUUCCUCAGACAGAAGCCUCGAUCGAUUAGGCACAAGCUGGUCUCGUUGACGUUGAAACGAAAGAACAAAUUAGGAGAGGACGUCAGACGGAAGUUGCAGGAAGACGAGUACACGGCGGACAGCUAUCAGUCUUGGCUCGAAGCGAGGCCCACGUCUAAUCUCGAGAAGUUGCACUUCAUCAUCGGCCACGGGAUACUGCGGGCGGAACUGAGGGACGAGAUAUACUGUCAGAUAUGCAAGCAACUGACCAACAAUCCCUCCAAGUCGUCGCACGCUCGUGGCUGGAUCCUCCUAUCGCUCUGUGUCGGAUGUUUCGCACCUUCGGAAAAGUUUGUUAAUUAUUUGCGCGCUUUCAUCAGGGAGGGACCACCGGGUUACGCGCCGUAUUGCGAGGACAGGUUGAAGAGGACGUUCAACAACGGCACUCGGAAUCAGCCGCCCAGUUGGCUCGAGUUGCAAGCCACCAAGUCGAAGAAACCCAUCAUGCUACCGAUUACUUUCAUGGACGGAAAUACUAAAACGCUGCUCGCCGAUUCCGCGACCACCGCCAGAGAACUGUGCAAUCAGCUGUCCGACAAGAUAUCUCUUCGCGAUCAAUUCGGCUUCUCCCUUUACAUCGCGUUGUUCGAUAAGGUCUCCUCGCUGGGCAGUGGCGGGGAUCACGUGAUGGACGCGAUCUCUCAAUGCGAGCAAUACGCGAAGGAACAGGGUGCUCAGGAGCGAAAUGCACCGUGGAGAUUGUUCUUCCGAAAAGAGAUAUUCGCACCGUGGCACGAGCCGACCGAAGACCAGGUCGCCACUAAUUUAAUCUAUCAGCAGGUGGUCAGAGGUGUGAAAUUCGGUGAAUAUCGUUGCGACAAAGAGGAAGAUCUGGCGAUGAUUGCCGCGCAACAGUAUUACAUCGAAUAUCACACCGACAUGAACGUCGAGAGGCUGUACACCCUUUUGCCCAAUUAUAUCCCGGACUAUUGCCUAACAGGCAUCGACAAGGCGAUCGACAGAUGGGGGCACCUCGUUUUGCAGGCGUACAAAAAGAGUUACUACUUGAAAGAAAAAGUGCCCGCGUUACGAGUGAAGGAGGACAUCGUUGGCUACGCAAAAUUCAAGUGGCCCUUGCUGUUUUCUCGCUUCUACGAAGCUUACAGAAAUUCGGGGCCCAAUCUGCCGAAAAACGACGUUAUCAUAGCGGUGAAUUGGACCGGUGUGUACGUCGUUGACGAUCAGGAACAGGUGCUUCUGGAAUUGUCCUUUCCCGAAAUCACUACCGUAUCUAGUCAAAAAACGAACAAAAUGUUCACGCAGACGUUCAACUUGUCGACGGUGCGAGGAGAAGAGUUCACGUUUCAGAGCCCAAAUGCCGAGGACAUCCGCGAUCUGGUGGUCUACUUUUUAGAGGGUCUAAAGAAACGUAGCAAAUACGUGAUCGCUUUGCAAGAUUACAAAGCACCCGGCGAAGGUUCCUCGUUCCUCAGCUUCCUGAAAGGGGACCUCAUUACUUUGGAAGACGAGAGCACCGGUGAGACUGUCCUCAACUCCGGAUGGUGCGUCGGUACCUGCGAAAGGACCGGCGAAAAGGGCGAUUUUCCAGCCGAGACUGUUUACGUGUUGCCCUCCUUAACGAAACCACCAAACGAUAUAUUGUCCUUGUUCAGCAUCGAAGGAACGGAGAACGGCCGCAAAUUGUACCCUCAACAAGUGAACGGAGUAGAAUCUCGCGACAAGCCUCAUACUCUCUUAGAAUACGCCAUCGACCAUUUCCGAACACCGCCGAAGAGAACAAUGUCGAAAGCGUUGACUCUGACAACGGCGAGACGAGGGCACACCGACGAAUUGUGGCAUCAUUCCAGGGAUCCGAUAAAACAACCACUUUUAAAAAAGCUGAUAUCCAAAGAGGAAUUAGCCGAAGAAGCGUGUUUCGCUUUUAAUGCCAUCUUAAAGUACAUGGGAGACCUGCCGACGAAGAGACCGCGUAUCGGUAACGAAUAUACCGAUCUUAUUUUCGAUGGUCCAUUGAAGAACGAAAUUCUUCGGGACGAAAUUUAUUGUCAGAUCAUGAAACAGCUCACCGACAAUCGAAACCGACUUAGCGAAGAACGCGGAUGGGAAUUGAUGUGGCUUGCCACUGGUCUCUUCACUUGUAGCCAAAGUCUUCUAAAGGAAUUGACGUUGUUUUUGCGCACGAGACGACAUCCCAUAUCGCAGGAUUCUCUACAAAGGCUACAGAAAACUCUGCGCAACGGUCAACGGAAGUAUCCACCGCACCAAGUGGAAGUAGAGGCUAUCCAGCACAAAACAACUCAAAUAUUCCACAAAGUGUAUUUCCCCGAUGACACUGAUGAAGCAUUCGAAGUGGAUUCAUCGACAAGAGCGAAAGAUUUUUGUCAAAACAUCGCGCAAAGACUCAACCUACGGUCCGCGGAAGGGUUUAGUUUAUUCGUGAAAAUUGCCGAUAAAGUAAUCUCGGUUCCGGAAGGCGAUUUCUUCUUCGAUUUCGUACGACAUUUGACGGAUUGGAUCAGGAAAGCUCGGCCAUCUCGCGACGGCGUAUCACCUCAAUUCACGUAUCAAGUGUUCUUCAUGAAGAAACUGUGGACCAACACCGUGCCUGGGAAGGAUAGAAAUGCUGAUCUUAUUUUCCACUUCCAUCAAGAGCUUCCUAAAUUAUUGAGAGGAUAUCAUAAAUGUACGAAGGAAGAAGCUUCGAGAUUAGCGGCGUUAGUGUACAGAGUUCGUUUCGGUGAAAACAAACAAGAACUUCAAGCGAUUCCGCAAAUGUUAAGGGAACUUAUACCAGGCGAUUUGGUAAAGGUACAAAGUGCCAACGAUUGGAAGAGAUCGAUAAUAGCAGCCUACAAUCAAGAUGCUGGAAUGAGCCCCGAGGACGCAAAAAUAACGUUCUUGAAAAUCGUUUAUCGAUGGCCAACAUUCGGUUCAGCGUUUUUCGAAGUCAAACAGAGUACGGAGCCAAAUUAUCCAGAAUUAUUGUUGAUCGCGAUAAACAAACACGGUGUAAGUCUCAUACACCCGCAAACGAAGGAUAUACUAAUAACGCAUCCUUUCACCAGAAUCUCAAACUGGUCGUCAGGAAACACUUACUUCCAUAUGACGAUCGGAAAUUUAGUGCGUGGUUCGAAAUUAUUGUGCGAAACAUCGCUGGGUUACAAAAUGGAUGACCUCUUAACUUCUUACAUCUCUUUAAUGCUCACGAAUAUGAACAAACAACGUACAAUACGAAUCAAGUAAACACGUACAAGGUAGUAGAACAAAAUCAUUAAAUGAUAAUUUGGCAAUUUUACGUGUUACGUUUAAAACGUAAUUCGUUGAAAAUUCACUUGAAUACCAAUCAUUUAUUUUUUAUUUUUUUUCUCGAUAAAUUUCUACGCGAUGUGAUAAAAAAUGUUUUAUACAGAAAUAUAUUACUCAUUCCGAAUAGGACACACGAGGAAAGUCGCAAAAUUCGCGUGUAUCCAAGUAAUUAGCUGAAAGAAAAAAAGAAAUUGUAUAUGAUUUAUUUACAAAUAAGAUUUUCAUGUAGUUUUGUAAAGUAUUAUUUUAAUAUGUAGGAGAUACAAUUAAAGAAGUUCACCUUCAAAUAUAUUCUAUCGGACAAAGACGAAGUUGCGUGCAAUUAAGGCUACGUGUGUGGUCAAAAUAAUAUUCAAUAUCGAUGAAAAAUUCUUCGGAAAAUUAAUUAGAUUACAUAUAUAUUUAUAUACAUAUAUGUACGAAAACUUAUGCUCAAAAAUAAUGUUCCGACGUAACGAAUAGCAGUGAUUAUUCAUCGAUUAUCCGUCCACUGAUACAUGUAAGGAUGUAAUUAUUAAUAAUCCGCAGUUUAUUACUGUGAAUAAAGAUAAUCGUAUUCUUCAGGUA